AUGGCUCCUUUUCCACCUCCCCCAGUCAGCACGAUCGACUGGAGCAACGUCGGCUUCAAGGUUCGUGAAGUAAAUGGACACAUUGAGUGUACGUUCCGGCAUUCCUCGCCGAAUCCAUCAUGGAGCAAACCACGCUUUGUGACCUCUCCACAUCUGUCCAUCCACGGCAUGGCACCCGGGCUGAACUACGGCGUUCAAUGCUACGAGGGCAUGAAAGCCUUCCGGCAGCCAGACGGCAGCAUCAGCAUUUUCCGCCCCGACCGGAACGCCAAGCGCAUGCAGCGGUCGGCCGAGUUCAUCUGCAUCCCACCUGUUCCCGAGGAGCUGUUCAUCGAAUGCGUGAACCUGGCGGUGGCCAUGAACGCCGAGUUCGUUCCACCGCACGAGACCGGGGCGGCCAUGUACAUACGCCCGCUGUUGUUUGGAUCCAGUGCCCAGCUUGGUCUGAACCCGACGGACGAGUACACGUUUGUGGUGUUUGUGAUGCCCACGGGUGUCUACCAUGGCGUCCACGCCGUUGACGCCCUCAUUCUCGAGGACUUUGAUCGCUCCGCCCCUGAAGGAACCGGGAGCGUCAAACUCGGCGGCAACUAUGCCCCUGUCCUGCGCCACAGCGAGAAGGCUCGUCAGGCCGGCUACGGAAUCACCUUGCACCUAGACAGCAAGACGCGCACUGAAAUCGACGAGUUCUCGACGUCCGGGUUCAUCGGCGUCCGCAAGGAUGGCGACAAAACCACCGUUGCUGUUCCGGACAGCAAGAACGUCAUUGAGUCCGUCACGUCUGAGUCCGCCUGUCAGAUCGCCAGGGAUGUGUUUGGUUACACCGUGGAGAAGCGCCCCAUCAAGUAUGGGGAACUGUCCGAGUUCAAGGAGGUCAUGGCUGCAGGGACCGCCGCCUCGCUCGUGCCCAUCAAGAGCAUCACGAUGAAGUCGCGUGGCGACAAGUUCGAGUAUCCUGUGAAUGAGAAGUUGGACCCGGGUCCAGUGUGCUCCCAGCUGUUGACCACGCUGAAAGGCAUCCAACAGGGCAAGGUUAAAGAUCAGUUUGGCUGGAACUUCACCGUCACCGAACCCCCAGCAGAGUUUGUCAAAGCCGCAAGCAAUGGCGGCGUCGAUGACGGGGCUGUGGACCAGUUUCCGUGA